UUCAGAUAUUCCUGGAAUGUGUCCCAGGUUUGAAAACCAUGGAGUCGUACACUGUGGCUGGCAAGCAGCCUGGGGUGGAGCUUUCAUUGUGACAUCAUGUGAGGGAGAGGAGAGGAGAGGUAUAAGAGAGUGACAGAGCUCAGACACCUGCACACAAACAGCAGCAGCACAUUAGAAACACAGCUGUACGGAUAAUAAUCUCUGCUAUCAACUAUGUCUACUUACGCCAACGUUCUUCUUCUCAUCACUCUUUGGGCUUCAAUGGAAGAUGGUUUGGGUCUUCCCGUGAUGAAGCAGCUGGAAGUGGAGGCCGGUGACGGAGUCCCAACACAGAGAGUGAGGACCAAGCGCUGCGCCUGCAGCAGCCUGCUGGACUCCGAGUGCCACUACUUCUGCCACCUGGAUAUCAUCUGGGUCAACACGCCCAGCAAGACAACAGUUUAUGGUUUGGGCAGCGCUCUGUCCCGACGCAAAAGGUCUACUGGCCGCUGCACCUGUGCCGGCCCUGAUAAUCAAACCUGCAGCAACUUCUGCCAUCGCAGUCCUGAUAUUACGUCCCUAAAGAGAUCUGUAAAGAGACCUCAUAUCAACAUACUCAGAAUCCUCAGAGCUGCAGCCAGCAGGUCCAAGAGAGCUCAGGAUUCAGCUGGUUCAGACAGAGAUGAGUCCCCUCAGUGGCAGAACACUCGCUAAAAAAUGUGCCAGCUGAGGCAGCGCGAGUGAGAGAAAGAGAGCAGCGAGCACCUGAACAAAUGAAACUCCUUUGAUAGAAUAACAAAGGGCUGCUGAAAGAUGGUGUCCAAUGCAGGAAGGCCCGAAGAGCCACAAAGAUGUCUGUUUGUACCCGGGAAUAAAGGGUGGAAAACGUGACAGACUUCUGCAAACACGUCAGGGAAACAGAUGUGGAGGAUCAGUAGUGAGAGGAGCUACUAUCGUGAUGAGAUAAGAGAGCGCUGUGCCUGUGGUCAUGUUUGACUCUGGCCGUCAGAGCGGCUGUCUGUCUGUCUGUCUGUGUACAGACAGGCCAGCACUGACAUAGAAGGAUGUAACAUGCAUACUGUACAUUCAUGUUCAGAAAUUUCUGGCAUAGGCCUACAUGUUUUUACAUGUUUGUAAAAUGCAUUUAUUUUUUCAUUUUACAAUUUCGAAAAUCUUACUUUUGUUAUGAGUGACUUUGGGGAUACAUGUUGGAAGAAAAUUAUGCAGAAUACUGAAUUUUAUAUUUCUGUAUUAAGGAUUAUUGUGUGCAAAAGUGUAAAUCAAAUAAUUUUAAUCAAGCCUGUAUCGUUCUUAAAAUCUUACCGUCAAAGGUUUUGAAUAUGAAGGUAAAUCUAAAUUUAAAGUAACCCCUAUUAUAUUUUUGUCUUAUUUUCUAAAGUAUUGCCUUCUCUGUUUUAUUUAGGAAGGCACACUGUGUACUGUACUGUCAUUACCGUAAAAACAAAAUAAAAA